AUGGAGGACUACUCGUAUUGGAACUCCCAGAGCCCCGGCCCCUACCCAGCACCGAUGGGGAUGCCCUACAACAAGAACGGCGAGAUGCCCAUGAUGCGCAGCGGAAUGAACCAGAUGGCAGCAUACCCAGACUUUGAGCUCCCUCCCACCUUUGACGCCUCGAUCCCUCGAUCAGUCGACCCCAACCUGCAGUCGCCGCCUGGGGUCUAUCAGAUGGUCAACCUCAACUCCACUUUCCCCCCCAACACCGCCAUUUCGCCGCCCGUCACGCCCACCGCGUCCGACUCGGAUUCGCAGGAGAACCAGAGCUCAAUUUCAUAUUCAAUGGACGCGACGAACCAGAAACAUAAAUUUCAGAGUGUCAAGCGACGCAUGCAGAACCGCGAGGCGCAGCGACGAUUCCGCGAGCGCAAAGAGGAGCGACAGCAAACACUCGAGCAGCGGGCGGCCGAACUCGAGGCAAAGUGCCAAGAGCUGUCCGAGGGGUUUCGCCAAAAGUCCGAGGAGGUGACGCGGAUCCUCCAGGAGAAGGAGGCCCUGACGGGGGAGAUGCAGGAUCUGCGCAAGCGGUGGCGCCUCAUGGUGAUGCUGCUGCAACGGCCAAACGGGCUGCAGUCGCUGUCCAGCCUGCUGGCGAGUGAUUCGUCCUUGUCGUCGACGCCGUCACCUUCGCCUCCUGGUGGUUCAUCUUCUCCGUCCCCUGCUUCGCCUGCGACAGAGGCUGCGCCGCUGGAUGCGCCGCUGGACGAAUUGUUGGGGUGUCUGCACGCGUUGCUGGUACCAAAUGAGACGCCCCACAGCUCCUCUUCGUCCUCGUCUUCCUAG